AUGAACACUAAAAGAAACACAGGCACGAGAGUUAGAGAAGUAGCUGCUGGGGGAAACCAAGCUCCUCAUCAAGCCCCAGCUUGUGGAGUGCAAGUUCCUAUCAACCCAGCUGCGUUGACGGAUGGAGAAGUGAGAGCAGCAUUUGUUCAAAUGUCCCUAGCCAUCACUGCUCAUGAAUACGCUAUAACAGCCCAGGACACUAAAGAGGAUCAGAGAGAGGCUAAGGUUGAAGAGUUGAUGAACCUACGUCAGGGAGUUAUUUCAGUCAUGGAAUACUCCUUGAUGUUUUUUAAACUUUCCAAAUAUGCUUCUUCCCUGGUGUCUAGUAGAAGGGAUGAGAUGAGCAGGUUUAUGACUGGUGUAUCGAAGGAUAUGAAGGAGGAUUGUCGGGCAGCCAUCUUGCAUGAUAACAUGGACCUUGCUAGGUUAAUGGUAUAUGCACAUUAUGUAAAAGAGAGUCGUCGUAGGAAGAGAGGUCGAGAAGGCAAGAAGCCUAGGAUCUCAUAUGAAGAUAGUUCUAGCACUGGUAGGGGUUCGUUUGUAGUCCAGGACAGGCCCAAGUUAAAGAAGGGGUACCAGCACUCAGGUAAUCCUACUCCUUCCAGGAAUAAUAAUGCCAAAGGGGACAAGUCUUACCCCAAGAAGGGCAAUAAUAAAAAUGCCCAGUGUGACAGAAAGUCGUGUUGUAAGUGUGGUCGUUUACAUGGAGGUGAGUGCAUGGUAGGUUCUAAUGACUUCUAUGGGUGCGGGAACAGUGGGCAUAUGAUCAGGGAUUACCCACAUGUUAAGAAUCAGGCUAAUGCGGAUACUGAGCCUCGGUUCAAUCAUACUAUUGCAGCCGAUCCUCACAACAGGAACAUGUUCUAUGCUUUGAAAGGUAGAGAGGAGUAG